CACUGUUUUCAUUCAAUAUGGCAGCUAUGGGUUGACAAUGAAAAAUGACAGAAAGUGUUUUAAAAAUUAAAAAAGAAAUGAAGAAUUAAAAGUGAUUUUUUAAAUAAGUUUUCAUGAAUUCGUAAAAUAGUGAAACUAUUUACACAAUGCCGGUCGAUAUUAAUCGAUUAACAGAGGGAUGGCUGGAACUUGAAAGUGAUCCAGGACUUUUUACUCUUCUCUUGGAGGAUUUUGGCGUGAAGGGAGUUCAAGUGGAAGAAAUUUACGAUCUUCAAAAAUCAUUAGAAGGUCCUGUUUAUGGUUUUAUUUUUCUUUUUCGAUGGAUUGAAGAGCGUCGAUCACGUCGAAAAAUUGUCGAACAAGAUGAAAGUUUUGUUAAAGAUGAGGAUAUUGUUAAUAAUAUUUUUUUUGCACAACAGGUAGUUCCAAAUAGUUGUGCAACACAUGCUCUAUUAUCGGUAUUAUUAAAUUGUCCGAGUAUUCAUUUGGGUACGACAUUGUCACGAUUGAAAAUGCACACAUCAGGUAUGUGUCCCGAGAAUAAGGGCUGGGCAAUUGGAAAUACACCAGAAUUGGCAUGUGCACAUAAUUCACACGCAAUGCCACAAGCUAAACGACGUCAAGAUAAAAAUACAGGUGUAUCGACUGGUCGAUUUACCGGUGAAGCUUUUCAUUUUGUCAGUUAUGUGCCGAUAAAUGGAAGAUUAUUUGAAUUAGAUGGUUUAAAGCCAUAUCCAAUGGAUCAUGGUCCAUGGAAGGAAGAUGAAGAAUGGACGGAACAAUUUCGACGUGUAAUAACCGAUAGAUUGGGAAUGGCAACUGGUGAACAAUUACAAGAUAUAAGAUUUAAUUUAAUGGCAGUUGUUCCCGAUCGUAGACUUGCAAUUUCACAUAAAUUAACAAUGCUCAAAACAAAUAGGCAAAUUGUACUUGAGGCAUUGCAACAACUUGUGAAAUUAAGUCAUCCAGGCAGUGAGAAAGCAUCAUUGGAAAAAACGGAAAAAAAUCAUGAGAAAAAAGUGAAAUUUGAAGGGGAAAUUGUUAUUACUAAAAGUGAAAUUGAUAACAAUUCUAUUCCAACUAUUAGUGUUGAGCAUUGUAACAAUUUUGGAACUGAUAACGAGGAGACGACAAUUGUUACUACUACGAAAACUGAAUCUGGAGGUAUGGAGAAAGUAGUGAUGUGUGCUUUAGAUUAUGCUACCCCUCUUCAAAUUCAAACAUCUCCUGCUCACAGUUCCUCGAGUACAGAUACAUCUUCUGAAAUUGGAUCAGCUUUUAAUUCUCCUACUCAAGCUUGGGGCUGGAACUCCGGGCAAAGCAGUCCAACUUCAACGAAAGAUUUUAAGAAAUUCGUCGUGAUUCGUGUCGCUGGCGAUGAAAAAAAUGAAGCUGGUUUAAGUCGUUCAUUAGGUAAUAUAAACAUAAAUGGAAAAAGAUUAGUCUCAGACAGUGGACAUUUACACAAGAAAGUGUGUUUAUCAGGAGAAGUAAGAAUACCUCAUGCUAGGGUGAAAACUAGUAAUGGGGACACUGUUGUCGAGGAAAAGAAAGUGGAAAAAAUUGACCCCAAACUGUGCUCGAAAUAUCCAGAACUUUUCGAGCCACAUACAUUUGCGCCAAAAGAUCUUCUCGCACUGCUUAAGAAUCUUGAACAUGAAAUUUCCAUUUGCGAAACUAGUUUACGUGAUGAAAACGAUAAACGCAAUAAAUACAAAAUUGACGACUGCAGGAGGACUCAUAAUUAUGAUGAAUUCAUUUGUACAUUUCUUUCGAUGUUAGCUCAACAGGGAAAACUUGCCGAGCUUGUACAACAGCAUCUCACUUUGAAAAAACACACAUCUGUAUCGGUCAAUCGAGUUCAUAGAUCUUCGAAAAAAACCGAAACUCGACCAAAUUCAUCGCGAAGACGUCGUGGCAGAACUAAAUGCAAGAAACGAAAAUAAGUGAUUGAUUUUUGGAUUUGGAUGAAUAUUACAAGAGGACAUUGUGAGAAAAGACUUUUUUAUUUAAUUUUUUACUUCUUUUUUUCAAGUGAAAACAAAAGCAUUACGUGGAUCGUAUUUGCUUAAAUUGAACCCAGUGAUCACACUGUUUUAUUUGCGGAAAUCUUAUUUAUUUAAGAUUAAAAUUUUUCUAUUCUCAUUUACAUUAUUAAAUAGAUUUUACGAAGUGACGUAAAAUUUUUAUCCGGUAAAUAUUUUUUUUUCUACUUGAUACCAGUUUGACAAUUAGAUAUUAGUUAGAAAUUUUCUAUUAAUCGACAAAUAAACUUUAUAAUUUAAGUUUUUCUUCUAAUUUAAGUCAUUCAUCAAUUUUCCAAGUGUUUCAAUUAGAUACUAAAUUAUAUUUCCAGUUAUAAAAUAUCAGAGUAUUAAAGAAAAUAAUAAUAAUUGUAA